AUGAGUGAGGACGUGGGGGAUAGUUGCCAAACAAACAAACCAUCAAACACUGACUUGCACCAAGAUGACAUUGAUGAUGAAAACAGUGUUUCUGACCCCACUCCAUUGGGUGAGAUAGGUGCAAUUCGUUGGAACCACCCUAGAGGUGAAGGACCAAGGCGAUAUUUCCAAGAGUUGACUGAGCAUGACGAUUAUGAAGAAUACCAAAAUCAACUGAGUCACCGCCCGACAUCAAGGGAGAAUGACAACAGCCCAAGGGAGAAUGACAACAGCCCAAGGGUGAAUGAUCUACUGACACAAAUCCUUGAGAAAGUUGAAGGUUCUGAUGAUUUGCUAAAGGGAAUGAGAGAUGAUUUUUCAUCACUAAAUAGCAAGGUGAACUCUCAUGCUAAUGCCAUCAAGAUGCUAGAAGGUCAAUUAAAUCUCCUAUCGGCUAAACUAACAACCAAGAUGCCAAAGGAAAAUGGGGAAGAAGAGCUGACUUUGUCCAUCAACCUUCCUUUGGUGGAAGCAUUGCUGGAGAUGCCAGGGUAUGCUAAAUUCAUGAAAGAGUUAGUCACCAAGAAGAGGAUCUUGGAGUAUGAAACGAUUGAAGUACCAUAUAGUUGCAGUGUGAUCGUGACAAUGGAGUUAAUCACUAAAAGGGACGACCAUGGUGCUUUCACCAUCCAGUGUACUAUUGGAAUGCUCCAAUUUGCCAAGGCUUUAAGUGACCUAGGAGUAAGCAUCAUCUUGAUGCCAUACGCCAUAUACAAGCAACUUGGAUUUGGAGAACCAAAGGCAACUACCAUGAGACUUCUUAUGGAAGAUCGAUCCAUCAAGCAUCCUGUUGGGAUCCUCUACGAUAUCUUGGUCAAAGUGGAUCGAUAUAUAUUUCUAGCUGACUUUGUGAUUUUAGAUUGUGACAUUGAUGUUGAGGUCCCCAUUAUUUUGGGCAGGCCAUUCUUAGCAACUGGUAGAGCAUUAGUAGUUGUUGAAAGUGACAAGUUGAAAUUCCGUGUGAAUGAUGAUGAGGUAAGUUUCAACAUCUGUAAAUCCAUGAAGCAACCAAGUGAUAUCCAUCUAGUGUCUACUGAAGAUGUUAUAGACGAGGCAGUGGCAAGUGUGAGCUAUCUGCUGCUCAAGAAUGAACCUCUUGAGUCAAUACUUGCAAAUCAUGACGAUUCGAAAAUACAUGAAUAUGAUGAAAUGAUCGCAGCCCUAAUAGGGUUAGGAGCACAAGCAUGA